AUGAGGCAUCCCAGGCGGCAAGUCAUCCUUGUUGGCUUCGCCUUCGCUUGCAUCCUCGUCCUGACCGCCCGCCAGCUAUCUUGGUCACGGAACAGCUACCCACAGACUGCCCGUCUUGAUGCCAAUCAGGAUGCAAAUUCAAUAUUCUACAACGUUUCAACAGCCUUCAAUUUCACUCACUAUGGCAGCAGAAGCCCCUACGCGCCUCAGCCCAGCUUCAUCCCGGGGAUACCGAAACCCCCAGGCUCAACGUACAACAAAACGUUAGUGGUACCACGAACCACAAAGGAAGACACGAGCUGGAUAAACAAAGAACUGCCGGACUGGAACACGGCGGUCUACGUGGUCGACGACCCUGGAGCGCCUUUUCACCCGCCCAAAAACAAGGGCCACGAGGUGAUGGUCUACCUGUCAUACAUCAUCGAUUUUUAUGAUGAGCUUCCCGAUGUCGCGGUGUUUAUGCAUUCCCACCAAAAGGCCUGGCACAAUGAGGAUUUCUUUGAUGGCGAUGCGGCAGAAAUCUUGAGGCGACUAAGCCUCGAACGUGUCAUACGAGAAGGGUAUAUGAACACCCGAUGCGCCUUUGGCCCGGGCUGUCCUGCGUGGAUACACCCCGGCGCGGCGGUGGAAGACGAGUCAAAACAGGAGGAGGUGAUCAUUGCUCGAGCCUGGGGCGAACUCUUCCCCGACCUGCCAGUGCCACCGGUCCUUUCCCAGCCAUGUUGUGCUCAGUUCGCACUGUCGCGGGACCGCAUUCGCACGAUCCCCCGUGCUCGUUUCAUCUUCUACCGUGACUGGUUGCUGCAGACGGAUCUGAGUGAUUAUAUCACGGGUCGAAUUUGGGAAUAUCUCUGGCAAUUCGUGUUUACAGGCCAACCCGUUCUGUGUGUAGAGGAGAAUGUCUGCCUAUGUGACGGGUAUGGAUUCUGCUUUGGAGGACCGGAAAAAUACCGAGACUGGCGCAAUCUCGAUGCUGAGCGAGAAGACCUACAGCGGCAGUUGGAUGAUUGGAUUUUCAUGGCCGGCGACCUUGAAGUCGCCAAGGCCGAAGGGUUUCUGGACGAAUUAGAGAGUUUGGAUCUUCUUCCGCUGGCGGACGAAGCAGAACUUGAAGCAAAGCUCGCGGAGAAGACUAAUCUAGUCAUGGAUCUCCUCGACGCUGCCAUUGAGCGAGGCCAGAUUCCACGGAACCGAGCUCUUGAGGCUGGUCGCCCUUGGAAAGAGGGCGAUGGCUUUUGA